AUGGAUAUGACAGUCAAUGGUGGAAGAAGUAUUCAGAUAUUUCACUUAGAGGGGGGCACAUGUGAAGUAGUUGCUGCUCACAGAUGCUGUAAUAAGAAUCGUAUUGAGGAGCGGUCACAGACGGUCAAGUGUUCUUGUCUGCCGGGGAAGGUGGCUGGAACCACCAGAAACAGACCUUCAUGUGUCGACGCAUCCAUAGUAAUUGGGAAGUGGUGGUGUGAGAUGGAGCCUUGCCUGGAGGGGGAGGAAUGCAAGACGCUCCCUGACAACUCAGGCUGGAUGUGUUAUGCCGGCAACAAGAUCAAAACCACAAGGAACACUCAGCCAUACACAACAUCAACCUAUUAACACUUGGAUGCAAGGAAUGCCUCUGGUGGAAAAGGUUAAUCUGCAGACUGUCACAGGACCAAUUAUCACAAAGACAAUGAACCUAUUGUUGCUUUAUGAAUUGUGAACACUUCUCAGAUUAAAGUGUAAAAAGAUGUAGAAUACAUAAACCACAUCCUGCUCAAGGCUACUGAAAAUACUGACACUUCAAGAUGCCUGCAGGGAACUUCAUCAUAACCUUGUAAUGAAUAUAUUUUCCAUCAUUUCUUUCCGACUUUGAGAUGGAACGUGAAUGUCUGUGCAUUUGGAUUAAUCUGGAGAGCAUCUGACGUCCUUGCUGAUACAUCAGUGAGACAAAUGUUCAAUACAAAGCGCCAAACAGGAGAGAAAUACAACAAAGGACAUGGGAUGAGUAAGUACAGUAGUUGACAGCCCUCAGGUUUUUUUGUUUUUUUUUAAUAUUGCAAGAGGAAAAGAAAUAUUGUACAUACAUUGUUGGUCCUUUCUUGUGUACAUGAACUUUUGUCUAUGGUGGUGGUGAAAAAUGAUCAUUCGAGUCCCUGAAUGCAGUAUUGCUCUUUUCUCUUGUUACCCUUAAAACCCAACACAGCCAAAGUUUGAUGAUGUAAUGUAAAGAUAAAACAGAUGCAUUGUGAGGGAGAUGUUUUUACAAAAUACAGCUUGUGAGUCUCAACACUGUACAUUUUACCAUUUUGUUUGUUUGGUACUUGGAAGCCUACGAUUACCUCUUCAAUGGCUUUACCAGUCAAACUUGGUAACGUGUCACAUACCCUGAAACUGAUUGAUUCACCAAAAAUGUGAUACCGGUAGGUUGUUUAAUACUUGAAAUGCCUUAUUUGUGUCAAAUCAUUCAAAUGAUGAUAUUGUACAGAUGAAGCCAUCUAUUGAUAUGUGCUGAAAUUUCAUUAAAGUCAUUGUUCCUGUAA